GCCGCGGCUCACUCGCUGGCGGUGGGCGCGCCGGGCUGCUGCUCGCACUUUCCGGGCUCCGCUCGCGUCCGUUCCGCCCUCUCCUCUUGUGGAUAACUUGCUGCUCGCUGAUCGCAACAUGACUCUGGAAGAAGUCCGCGGCCAGGAUACGGUUCCAGAAAGCACUGCCAGGAUGCAGGGCGCCGGGAAAGCGCUGCACGAGCUGCUGCUGUCGGCGCAGCGCCAGGGCUGCCUCACCGCCGGCGUCUACGAGUCAGCCAAAGUCCUGAACGUGGACCCCGACAACGUGACCUUCUGCGUGCUGGCCGCCGACGAGGAGGACGAGGGCGACAUCGCGCUGCAGAUCCACUUCACUCUGAUCCAGGCGUUUUGCUGCGAGAACGACAUCGACAUCGUGCGCGUGGGCGACGUGCAGCGGCUGGCUGCGAUCGUGGGCGCCAGCGACGAGGCGGGCGCGCCGGGGGACCUGCACUGCAUCCUCAUCUCGAACCCCAAUGAGGACGCGUGGAAGGACCCUGCCUUGGAGAAGCUCAGCCUGUUCUGCGAGGAGAGUCGCAGCGUCAACGACUGGGUGCCCAGUAUCACCCUCCCGGAGUGACAGCCCAGCGGGGGGUCUUUGGUCUGUCUGAUCGACGUGGUGACGCCCCGGGGCGCCUAGCGCGGGGCUGGCUGUGGAUGCGCCCUCGGAGGGCGGCGGAGUGCAGCGUGGAGACGGGCAGGCGAGGGCGCGCGGAGAGCGGCGAGGAGGUGCGGCCCCCUCCCGAGGAGCGGCCCGGCGGCGGCGGCGGCGGCGGGGGCAGGCUGGCCCCGGCCCAGGACUGCGAGUGCGGGGAGCGGCUGCUCGCCCAGGAAGGCCGGAGGCGGGACGUUGGCCGCGCGGCCAGGAAGGACGGACUGGCCGGCAGGCGUGAGUCAGCAGCCUGUGCUCCCGGCAGAAAGGAAGGGAAAGGCCGGGCCAGGCGGCCGGGACUGGAGCAGUUACGGGAGCUCUGGCGGACUUGGCAGUACGCACUGCUGCUUCCAAACGGAUCCGGGCGAUGCUUCGUUUUCUAAAGGAUGGUGCUGCUGCAGCUUUGAAUCUUACAAUAAACGACUGAAACAAA